AUGAAAUUUCUUAAAAAUCUUGUUAUUCUGUUACUCGUUAUUAAUGCUGUUGCUUGCACAUGUUCUAAAGCUAAAAGUGUACCAAGCAGUCAAGUCUCAGUACUAAGAAAUCAAGUCUUAAUAUUUGUGGAUGAUUUUUCAUUGCCUCAAUUAUAUACAUGGGAUUUUAAAAAAGGAAGAUAUAUGCGAGUAUUGAAUAAAAAUAGUAAAAUGUGUAAAAGUUACCCAGGUGGUCUGUACCUUCAAUCAUUUCCUAAAGGUAGUGCAAAGGCUAUAUAUCAACCAGUACAUAAACCUAAAGGAGCUAAUAUAAAAAGACCAAGAUCGUAA